AUGAUUCAGCCACCCACAGGCGAUGCUUACCCCGGUUUCCAGAAAACCUUCAUCUGCGCCACCCUGGCGUCGACGCUGGUGGGCACAUUCACGGCGUCUAUGGGACUAUGGGAACGUGUGCAUGAUCGACGAGAGGCGCACAAGCAGAAAACGCGAGACACGAAGCAGGACGACGACAUUAAACAGUUGCGCAAUCAGUUCGAAGAGGCGCAAAAGAAGGCCGAUAAGAGACAAGAGGAGAUUGAUCGCCUGAAGAACGGCGGUGGUGAGCGGGGGGGCGGAGGCGGGGGUGGGCGCAGAAUCGGAUACCGUGAUGAUUACCGCGACGACGUUGGUGAAAGUUUUGAGAGGAACGGCAUGAUGAUCCAAAGGAUGUACGAUGACAUGUACGGGCGACACGGGAAUCGUUUCGCACGUGGCGACGCAAUUACCGAGAAUCAACUGCAAGCCCAAAUCAUCAGCCUCCAACAGACUGUCAUAACUGUUCUGCAAGACGCUCUGUACAGUGACCGCCAAUUGACCCGCGGCGACAUGGCAAAAUUGGUCGCGGCCUCCAAUGCCGCUCGCGAAGGCUCCCUCAAAGCUCUCCAGGACCAACAAUUACGCCUUUCGUCAGGCUCCUCGAACCGCUCGCCCUCCCCGCAACGCUCCAUCGCCGCCCCGCCCAAACGCUCAUCGCAAAGUCUCAUCGACACCCCAGACACGCUCUACUGCCGGUACAGCCUCGAUCUCCAAUACAUCCCCAACAAACCACUCGCAGCGUCCAUGGCGCCCGGAGGAAGCUGCGUGUGUCCCGCGUGCGGACUCCAGCUCGACGUCACAGGCGAAGACUUCUGGAUGAUCGGGAAACGAACGCCCAUCACUGUCAUCGAAGGGGGUUUCGAAACCGACAUCAUGGAGACGCGCGAGUUCAGGCUCGGGCAGCGGUUCGCAGUGAAAUGUCACACGCCCGACGGCGAGUAUGCAUGCGUCAUCUGCAGUAAGAACAGGGACGUGGAUGCGAUAUGCCGCAACGUGGAGAGCUUGGUCAAGCACGUGGGCACGUUUCACGAUGUCGAUGAGCUAGAGCGCGAAAUCGAUUUGAGAGAGACGGCGGUGGUUGAUAAACGGAGGUUGUCGCUCCCUGCGCCGCCGCGAGAGGGCAGUCCUUUGGUUAGGGAAAGGGAUGUUGUUGAGAUGAGAGGGUAUAGAUGA